UCUGCCGUGCGUGCGUGCGUGUGCGAGUGAGCGCGUGCGUGCAACCUCUUUUCCGCUCACCCUGCGCUGCUGUUAUUCAAUGUGGCAAAGACCAUGACAGGAAUCGCCGCCGCCUCCUUCUUCUCCAACAUUUGCCAGUUCGGGGGCUGCGGACUGCACUUCGAGUCGCUGGCAGAGCUCAUCGUGCACAUCGAGGACAACCACAUCGAUACAGAUCCUCGCGUGUUGGAGAAACAGGAACUUCAGCAGCCCACAUACGUCGCCCUUAGCUACAUUAACAGGUUUAUGACAGACACAGCACGACGAGAGCAUGAGUCUCUGAAAAAGAAGGUCCAGCCGAAGCUGUCACUCUCAUUCAUGGGCAGCCUUUCACGCAACAGUAUAGCUACACCCCCUCGCCACAACAGCGGCAACCUGACCCCGCCUGUCACCCCGCCCAUCACGCCCUCAUCUUCAUUCAGGAGCAGCACCCCCACAGGUAGCGAGUAUGAUGAGGAGGAAGCGGAAUAUGAAGAGUCCGACAGUGACGAGUCGUGGACCUCCGAAAAUGCCAUUAGUUCUGAAUCUAUCCUCAGUUCCAUGUGUAUGAACGGAGGUGAUGAGAAACCCUUCGCCUGUCCCGUGCCUGGAUGCAAAAAGAGAUACAAGAAUGUGAAUGGUAUUAAGUACCAUGCCAAGAACGGUCAUCGCACCCAGAUUCGUGUUCGCAAGCCCUUCAAGUGCCGGUGUGGUAAAUGCUACAAAAGCUCUCAGGGGCUUCGACACCACACUAUCAACUUCCACCCACCCUUCUCUGCUGACAUCAUCCGCAAGAUGCAGCAGUAGAGUGUGCCAAUGUCGUCCUCCACAAUUACACUUACAUGCACGUGCACAGACACGCGUAUAUAAAAUACAGAUACAUGUAUAAACAGGACAAACAGAUCACCUCCAUAUCCAACUUCACCAGCAGCUGUGGCUGUCCAUUAACUCUGAACUGUCUUAUCCUUGUGUCCCCUGUUUUUGGAGGACAUCCAAAAAUAUUUGUCAGAAGGACAUCUUUUCAAGAGGAGCACUCUUUUACCUCCCUUUUCAUUUCACUCCUCAUGAGGAGGAAAGCUUCUCUGUUCCUCUUCUUCCAGGAAGACAUUCUGUACCCUCCAUUAGGAAGAUUUGGUUCAGCCCUCCUUCCAUACUCCAUGCUCAAAACACUACACUCCGAAUUGUAUGCUUUAAUUCUUUUAGUUUUGGCUUAUUUGUAUCCUGUUACAGUUCAGUUUUGUAUUUUUGCACAUUCAACGAUCAUUAUUUUUUCCUUGUAUUAUUUUCUUUAUGUAAGGUGCUUAUUGUAAAAGAAUGAUGGUAUGCUUAGAAGGAUUGUGUUUUCUCUGAGCACUUGACGAGAGUUUGCCAAUGAAACCAGCCUCAUACAGAACCUAAGAUAAGCCUGCUCAAAGAAGUGACUUUGCGAGAAACCGAAAGACAGGAAAGGCUUAAAAAGUCUGAAUGUUUGUAAUAUCUACCCAUAAAUAUGCAACCUUCCUAGCUGUAGAUUGCGUAUAUAAAUAUAUUUUAUAAACUUUCAUAGUCAGAUCUAAAACCUAUACUUUACUCCCAAGUUUAAUUUUGUAUAUUUCCAUCUUAACUUUAGAGAUGAUGAUUAUUGAUUGAUUGCAGAUGUGCAGAUUUUCAGUAGUGCUUUGGCCUUUUUGGUUAUUUUUUUUGUAAUAUAUUUUUUGAGUUAGAGCAGCAAAUGACUCUCAGGUGACAAAUCGCCAGCAUUUCAGAACCAUAAUUCUGCCCAAUUUAUCUGUUAGUAUUUUAGAGUAGGCCGUUACACACUUCCCAGCUUUGAUGUGGCUAGAAUGUUCUAGAACUCCACAGCGAUCUUCAUGUGAUCUGGUGUGGUACCUUAAAGCACUUUGUAGUGACCAGUUGCCAUCCUGUGUUAGGGCAUUUUGUAUUGCCAACAAGUCUGAUGUUGCAGAAUUCUUUCUGCAAGUCAACUAGGAAAUUCAAAGAAAUUAAGAGUAUGUGCCACUUUGGAGGUUAUCAUUUCAACACAUUUACUCCUUUCUUAUUUUCCAGCAUAGGAAAUUCAUAAUUUUUUUGCUAUACCUCCAGUAUGCUUCGUAGUUGUGAGAUUAUUGAAACUGGUUGAGUUGUGGUAGACCACAGCAUUCCAGUAUAGUAUACUUGUAGCUUUAUGUGUAGCCAGGCGUCCAUUCAAAUGCCUGAUUCAGAUUGUGUGUUCACCCUGAUUCUGACUUUUCUCUGGGGUUGUCCAUGUGACCUUAAUAUAUUUCUUGAACUUCAAUCUGAGAACAGAAAUCAGGAAAAUCUGCCCUGUUCACUAUAGAUACCAUAAGCUGAUCAAUACAAUAUAUGAUAUCCACGUUUGGACACCUAACAUUGCACCAGAAAGUUACACGCUUUCAUUUGCUUUGGACUUGUUAUAAAUGAAAAUGAAGGGGUGGUAAAAAUCAGAGUCACUAGAACCUCCAGAGGUCACAGCCAGAUCAGGGGCUGCCAAUCACUCAUUAUGACGUCACUGCAUGGACGUUAAUGUUGUUCUUUCAGUUUAGAUUUUACAUUGUGACAGUAUUACACUGCCAGUACGAAGGGAAGUAUUUGAUAUAUUGUUUACGUAAUGUAUUAACGUCUCUAUGUGAGUGCUUUAAAUUAUAUUUUCUUACGUUUCUGUACAAUAAUGUUCCUACAUGUAAUAAAGUCAAGCACCAGAGGUUUUGAACUGGUGACAUUUUCAGUAAAAAAAAAAAAAAACAUGCUGCUUAGUAAAUGUAAACCUGGUAAUAUUUGAAACAUUAAAAUGACCUCUGAUAUGUUUU